CAUUCCCAUCACUCCCCUAAUCAUUCAUUCACACUCAUCAUCUCUCAUACUCCAUAUCUAUCCCUCAGACUACUCCAUUAUUGUUGUUACUAUAUAUCUCCUUCCCCCUUCUUCUUCUUUCUCUCAAAGCCACAACUUUCUUCACUUAAUUCUUCAUUUCUUUUGUUUGGCCAUGUCGUCUCUCACUUCUUCAUCCUCUUCCAUUGCUUCUUCCACUUCUCAUCUCCUCCUUCCCAACACCAAUAAUCUCACUUCAAGAGGGAGGUUGUUGCCGAUGAUCACCGGUUCUCUGCAGCGCCGCCGCAGAGACUCUGCCAUCAGCUAUAAACAUUGGAGCACCAGUCGGAAUGCUGUUCUAAGAGAAGAGCUAGAAGCGACAGCAGUUCCGACGUCGGUGCCAGUUCGUGUAGCUCUGGAGCUUCUUCAAGCCGGGCAGCGAUACUUAGACGUUAGAACCCCGGAAGAGUACAGCGUUGGCCAUGCCCCGGGCGCCAUUAACAUACCGUACAUGUACAGAGUAGGUUCAGGAAUGACAAGGAAUCCACAUUUCUUAGCGGAAGUGGCGAUUUAUUUUAGAAAAGAUGAUGAAAUUAUUGUUGGAUGCCUAAGUGGAAAGCGGUCUCUUAUGGCUGCUGCCGAUCUUCUUGCUUCCGGAUACAACUAUGUAACGGACAUAGCAGGUGGAUAUGAAGCUUGGUCUCGCAAUGGACUGCCUAUGGAAUUCUAAAUCAUUACUUCCAAGCUUCAUAUGCUUUCAAGUGUACAGUUACCGACACCAAUAAUCUCUUUCACAACCAUUCAAUAAAACCUCCCUCAAAUGCUCAAAACAAACUUCAAUUAGUGAUAAAAAAGAAUUGUACUUAGAGAAAAUCUUUCCAUGGUCUCAGUUUUUUUCUUCUUUGGUAUAGAAACUAUCAUAAUGUUCAAAGGUCUUUUCAUCGACCGAUCGUGUAAAUCUCAAUAAAUGUAAAUUUUUAUUUUCGUGAGUAUUUGAAAAUUUUCAUGUUAUGGCUUAA